GUCAGGCAGCGGCAUUCAAUGUGACCUUCCAGCGGGCCGAGGGCUACCCCAUCGACCUGUACUACCUCAUGGACCUGUCCUACUCCAUGCUCGAUGACCUCAAAAAUGUGAAGAAGCUGGGGGGCGACCUGCUCCAGGCCCUCAAUGAAAUCACCAAGUCGGGCCGCAUCGGCUUCGGGUCCUUUGUGGACAAGACGGUGCUCCCCUUCGUCAACACGCACCCUGAGAAGCUGAGGAACCCGUGCCCCAACAAGGAGAAGGAGUGCCAGCCCCCGUUUGCCUUCAGGCACGUGCUAAAGCUCACCGACAACUCCAACCAGUUCCAGACAGAGGUCGGGAAGCAGCUGAUUUCUGGAAACCUGGAUGCCCCCGAGGGCGGGCUGGACGCCAUGAUGCAAGUGGCUGCGUGCCCGGAGGAAAUCGGCUGGCGCAAUGUCACGCGGCUGCUGGUGUUCGCCACAGAUGAUGGCUUCCACUUUGCCGGCGACGGGAAGCUAGGUGCCAUCCUGACGCCCAACGACGGCCGCUGCCACCUGGAGGACAACGUGUACAAACGCAGCAACGAAUUCGACUACCCGUCGGUGGGCCAGCUGGCCCACAAACUAGCUGAAAGCAACAUCCAGCCCAUCUUUGCUGUGACUGAGAGAAUGGUGAAAACCUAUGAG